UUAUGAAGCUUCAAAAGCAUGCGUUUUGUGACACAUGACAACCUGCCACUUUACAUAAUCUUGGGUGUCAGUCAAAGGAGCCCUGGUUACGUGACCUCCAAUGACUGAAGAGGUCACACGGGGGUCGGAGGUCACACUUUUGUCUGCGUGAUUAGAAGGGGAGGAGCUCGUUGACCUCCGUCAAGGCUGACUGAUAACCACUGUCUUUGAACACGCCACCUUGCCUUCAUCCUCUUCCUCAUCUUCAGUAUCAUCUUCGGCAUCUCCAUCUUCCUGCUGCACAACUUUGAUGGAGCAAAAGCAUGAAGAUGUGGUCCCAUUCUACCACCACUUGCCACCCCACCAAUAUCAUCCUCAUUUCGUAGCCCCGCACCCACCUUAUGACCAUCCCGAAGGAAACGAGGGCGUCUCAAAGGAGCAAGACGCUAUUUACGGCCACGCCCUGUUCCCGCUGCUGGCGUUGCUGCUUGGAAAGUGCGAGCUAGCUACGUGGACGCCGGAGAGGGGGGGCCGCGAAGGGACCGCCGGGGACAUCUGUUCCUCGCUCUCCUUCGACGACGACAUAAGCGCUUUUGCCAAGCAGGUGAAAACAUUGCAGAAGUUGUUUUCGUGUCAUCCGGAGCUUGAUCAUCUGAUGAUCCAGUCCAUCCAAGUUCUGCGUUUCCACCUCUUGGAGCUAGAGAAGGUUCACGAGUUGUGCGACAACUUCUGUGCUCGUUACGUCAGCUGCCUGAAAGGGAAGAUGCCGAUUGAUCUGGUGAUUGAGAAGGAGAAUGACAACUCUGAGCAGCACCACCAUGAAGACCAUGACAAUCUGGCAUGGACUAACGACCAUCACGCGAUGAUGCCUGAGGACACUCCGCCACUGCAGUUUCAAAGUGGUGACAAUGACAGCGACGGAGUUGAUGAUGUGGGAAGGAGUGUUGCGUCUCUUGGCACGGCCGACGCCAAAGUGAGCUGCUAUCUGGAGAAAGAACAACAUGACCACAAGAAGCGAGGCAUCUUCCCCAAAGCGUCCACCAACAUCCUAAGGGCGUGGAUCUUCCAGCACCUGGCGCAUCCGUAUCCUUGUGAGGAAGAGAAGAAACAACUAUCCCGUGAGACCGGCCUGUCCAUCCUGCAGGUCAACAACUGGUUCAUCAAUGCCAGACGGCGAAUCGUUCAGCCAAUCAUCGAUCAAAAUAACCGGGCUUGCUAUAUUGGAUCAAAUGGACCUGAUGGUCGACCAAUAGGACGACUUGCUAUGGAAACGCACACACACAUGUAACAGUCAGACUACCUGGUUUUGUGUGUGAGUAUUCCAGGGCUGGUGAUUGGUGUUACCAUGGUGAUGGAAGACCAGUGGCACUGCAUGAAGCCAUCAGUAAGAGCCAUCCUAUGGACUACAAAUACGGAGGGCACCAGACUACCACUUUUCGGACUACAAAAAUGUAGGCCUGGCAGCAACAUGAUAAACGAUAAUCUGAUAUCUCUACAUCCAGUACAGUGGUGAUUUAGUCUGAAAGGAGUUGAUUUUGUCCCGUGACCCCGCUCAUAACUCAAAACAUUUGUAUCUCAAAUCUAGUGCUGCAACGAUUAAUCGAUCAACUCGAGUAAUUUGAUAAGAAAAAAGAUUGGGAUUAAAUUUUGCUGCUUUGAGUAUUUGUUUAAUUAAAGUGGUGUUAUAAUUGUUUGUUUUGAAAGGAUUUUCAUUUAGUUUUCUUGAUUUGGGUAGAAGCUCUGCCUUCUAGUGGCAACAGUGAAUAUGACAUAAUGCAUUUCACAUGGCUGAAUCCAGCUUCUCCCUGUUAAGACCAACAUAAGGUAAGUUUUUGUUUGAGCAAAAUUUUUUUAAUGCAUUCGUAGUUUAGUUUAUAGGUAUAUUUAGCCAUUUUUUGUGGGAAUAUGUAUUUAAACAUUUGUUAAGAGCAUUGUAAAAAAAAAAAAAAAGUUAGCAUUCUAUAGCAUUUAAGCUUGAUAUGUAAGUUAGCCAAUUGUUCUUUUGUUGUACUUAGAUCCUCAUUUAUUUAUUUUUUUAUACCAUUUGAGGCUCAGUUCAGAUAUUUUAAUUUUUAUGUUCCUUAUCCGAUUACUCGAUUAUUCGAACCAACUAGUUCAUCGAUUAAUAGACUACUAAAAUAAUCAAUAGCUGCAGCCCUACUUAAAUCGUCUUACCCCAUUGAAAUGGAUGAAAAUGCCCACAGUAGAAAAAACUAAAAUAUUUUUUUUAAUUUACUGGUUGCUACUGACGGCGAUAGGCACCCAAAUGCAUUUUGAUUGUACUAAAUUUAUAGAAAAACCAGAAGAAAUUCAUCCUGGGAAAAUUACUCACGGUUUAAGGUAAAGUAAAAGAAAAUAAACAGAAAAAAAGAGUCACCACCAAACUAAUUUACUCAGAAAAACUUGUUUUGUUUUGUUUUGUUUUUUUGGUGUGAAUGCAAUACGCUACUCAUGAUGAUGAUUUUUAUGACUACAGAAAGUUAGCUGUCCAUUCAUUUAAAAAAUAUAUAUAUAUCUUCGGGCAUGUAAUUCUUCUAAACUUUAGGAGGAAAAAAUUGAUUUUAUUUCAAGUUGGGAUGGUUAGUGAUUUGUGGGGACUAGGGUGUCGUCUGAUUAAAAAAAGAUGAUGACAAACACAAACAAGUAACCACGUCCCUGAGCAGAGACUGACAGACUUCCCUUGGGGCUUCAUGAGAGGUUUUUAAAUGAAAAACCACUUGGAAAUGCAAAAACAAAAUUUGACACUUGACAAGAAGUAAACAUGACAAACUGUACAAAAAGAUUAUUUGAUUACUUGUUUUGCUGCUGCUCAAGUCUGGUGAAUGGAAGCGCACUCUUAACCCUUUAUAGGGGACUCAUUUACUGUAGCUUAUUGGCUGCCAAUGACUACAGUAGACGUCAAAUCCAUUUUGACUGGGAGGGUCUGGUAGCAAAUGAUCGCUGCUAGUGAAGUCCAUCACCAUCAAUGGCACUGGAACGUGAUCAUUCACUCCUAGCCUUCCCAGUCAAAAUGAAUUGUAUGUCUAAUGUUGCCAGUUUCAGUUUAUGAGUUAAUAAUAUGGCAGGAGUCUUUUUUUUCUUCUUUAAUCCUAGCAACGUGUGCAUCUGUCCUGAGCAUCCAAGUAGGGCUGCAGCUAUCGAUUAUUUGAGCAUUCGAUUAAUCCAUCAACUAGUUAGUUCGAAUAAUCGAGUAAUCA